AUGGGCAAACUGACCAUUGAGGAAGGAGGGAUAGCCAUUGGAAUGAUGCUAUCUGGAUCAUUCUUACAACACACCAACAACUUCAACGGUGUAUUUCUGGCUUUUCUCAUUACAUACAUAAUUCUGACUGAGAAGAGGAUUGAUAGCUUAACUUCAUCAAAUACAGAUCUGAGAAAGAAAGUGGAACACCUCAUCAAUGCAAAUCAGAACUUGUUAAAAGGAUUUGAGGACUCGUCAAAGAAUGUUGCCUUUACAGCUGGUACGACAGGUGCGGGAGGUACCGGAAGCGGAAGUACACUAGUAUUUCCUGUGGUCAUCAAUAACGUUGGAGGUGAAUACGACCCAAGUACAGGGAUCUUUACCGCCCCUACAGCUGGACAGUACGUCUUUUACAUUAGUGCUCAGGGCUAUAGCAGUGACACAUUGUAUGUAUCUAUUGUACAUAACGGAGGAGCCAAGGUAAUGACAAUGUCUGACGGGGGACGGGGUAAAGAUUUCUACGAUUCUGGAUCCAACCUGAUGACUCUAAAUCUCCAACAAGGAGACAGAGUGUGGGCAAGAUGCCAUAGUGGGUCAAAUUAUUACAGCGAGGGAAUACCCAUUACAACUUUUUCCGGUUUUCUAGUUUAA